AUGGAUCUGCUAGCACCAGCCCUCUGGUUCCUGGGGGUUCUCUUGGCAGCGGGCAGUGCCGAAGCCACCCUGACCCAGCUGAGCUCCAUUCGGACGUCCCUCGGAGAAGUCGCUUGGCUCCCCUGCACCCUCUCCAGUGAGAGCAUCACGGCGUAUACCAUCCUCUGGUUUCAGCACAGACCCCCGAGGCCACCCAAAUACCUCCUCUAUUACAAGGAUGGGUCCAGCCGAGGUCAAGCCUCCGGGGUCUCUGAUCGGUUCUCGGCUUCCAAAAAUGCCACCAGCAGCACCUGCUACCUGACCAUCUCUGGGGUCUGGGCAGAGGAUGAUGGGGACUAUUACUGUCUGACAUCCAAAGGAGGAGAAUACACAGUGCUACAGUUUGCAGAAACGCCAGUUCCUUCCGAGAGGUACCCCACGAUGACGUGGCCUCUGUUUUCCCUGGCUGUUCUCUAUUCCUGCCUAGGUGUCAGUUCACAGAUAACUCUGACACAGCCGGCCUCGGAGUCUGUGCAUCCCGGACAACUGGCUCAACUCUCCUGUACGAACAACGGUGGCGUGGGCGAUCUUGGCUGGUAUCAACAGAGACAGGGUCAGGGCCCUCGCUUUGUGGCCUGGAAAACUGAUAGGGGAGCAGGGAUCCCAGACCGGUUCACUGCUUCUGCGUCGGGAGACCGAGGCACCGGCUACUUAACCAUCACUAACGCCCAGGCUGAGGACGAGGCGGAUUAUUACUGUGCUAUAUGGAAUAUCUUGAAGAACUUCUUCUGGUCUGCAUCUGAGGGGGAGUGUGAAUGA